CUUGGCGCUCACAAUCGAUAGAGGAUGACAUAUCAAGGUCGCAUACAUACUGGACGCUCCAUGGCGAAUGCCCAAACUGACUUAUCUUACCUGCCGGUACUUGCCAUUUGCAAUUAUCGUUGCUGAUAUGCUUCGAAUUAUACAGCCUGGACUUUCCGUCAAGUCCUGCACAACCUUCUCUAAAUUCGACACAUAUGUCGGAGGAAUCGUACUGUGUUGUGCAGAAUCACUCUUUUUGCGGAGGGUUUAUGCGACAAUGAAUCACAGAUGGAUAGUAAUGUGUUGCAACACUGUGUUCCUCCUGGUCCCAGUGGUAGUGACACUUACAUUAUACAACUCUUCCUCCAUAAUCAUGCAGUCGCCUAUUCCCAAUGUUGCAAGCUGUUACAGCAGCGAGCAGGGUCACAUUAUAAUUUUAGCAUACAGUUUGCUCAUCAUCAUAGAAACAGAAAUCCUCGGUUUUACGUUAUACCACUCAUGGAAGCUUUAUAGAGAAUAUGGAAACACAAUGCCUCUUGUGCGAGUCCUGGUCAGACAUAACAUCGUCUACUUUGCGUGUGGACUCUUGCUUUCGACCACGGUCAUGGUCAUCAUGCUCACUCUUCCUGCACCGUACGGAGAUGCGGCAUCCAGUUUACAGUUCAUGAUGCAUGGAAUAUUGGCGACACGCAUGCACCGCGAGCUUUACAACACAGCUAAUCACACUGGAGAGACUUUCGCGGGGGAUGUGACUCUUUCUCUUGUUUUUGCACCGGCUCCGUCGGAGACGCAACCUGAUUGUUGAGGACCAUCUUCUAUGUACCCUAGAGAAUGCUAGACCAAUAACCUCCAAACACCCAUAGUGGAUGGCUAUUGUCAACGCUGCGAAAAUGAUGC